AAGUAAUGACACAACAGGCCUAUAAAAUGCGGACUAACCCUCAGAUGACUCAUCCAGUACAAUGCAGUAUAUUUGUCAAGGAGGCUGAAUCAUAUAUGGGGGAAACCACUUCUCAGGCAGCUAGCUGGUUCUCAGGUCAGCAAGAGACGAUCCAUUUUUCUCCGAAUAGUAGCAAUAAUGCUAAUACCCAGCACUUGGGCUCUAAAAUGUAGAAGAAAUGGCAUCUCCCGGCAGUGACAGCUAUAUUGUGCGUGUCAAGGCUGUGGUUAUGACCAGAGAUGACUCCAGCGGGGGAUGGUUCCCACAGGAAGGAGGCGGGAUCAGUCGCGUCGGGGUCUGUAAGGUCAUGCACCCUGAAGGCAAUGGACGAAGCGGCUUUCUCAUCCAUGGUGAACGACAGAAAGACAAACUGGUGGUAUUGGAAUGCUAUGUAAGAAAGGACUUGGUCUACACCAAAGCCAAUCCAACAUUUCAUCAUUGGAAGGUCGAUAAUAGGAAGUUUGGACUUACUUUCCAAAGCCCAGCUGAUGCUCGAGCCUUUGACAGGGGAGUAAGGAAAGCAAUCGAAGACCUUAUAGAAGGCUCCACCACAUCAUCCUCCACCAUCCAUAAUGAAGCUGAGCUUGGUGACGAUGAUGUUUUUACAACCGCUACAGACAGUUCUUCUAACUCCUCUCAGAAGAGGGAACAACCUACUCGGACAAUCUCCUCUCCUACAUCCUGUGAGCACCGGAGAAUUUACACCCUGGGCCACCUCCAUGACCCGUACCCCACGGACCACUCUCACCUCGAACAGCCGAUGCCAAGGUCCUACCGCCAGGUGAGCUUUCCGGACGACGAUGAGGAGAUCGUGCGCAUCAACCCCAGGGAGAAGAUCUGGAUGACAGGCUACGAGGAUUACCGGCACGCCCCGGUCAGGGGCAAGUACCUCGACCCCUCGGAGGACGCAGACUCCUACGUGCGCUUCGCCAAGGGCGAGGUGCCCAAGCACGACUACAACUACCCCUAUGUGGACUCCUCGGACUACGGCCUCGGCGAGGACCCCAAGGGCCGCGGGGGCUGCGUGAUCAAGACACAGCCCUCCCGGGGCAAGUCCCGGCGGCGGAAGGAGGACGGUGAGCGCUCCCGGUGCGUGUACUGCAGGGACAUGUUCAACCACGAGGAGAACCGGAGGGGCCACUGUCAGGACGCGCCCGACUCCGUGAGAACUUGCAUCCGCCGGGUGAGCUGUAUGUGGUGUGCGGACAGCAUGCUCUAUCACUGUAUGUCGGACCCCGAGGGAGACUAUACAGACCCUUGCUCGUGCGAUACUAGCGACGAGAAGUUUUGCCUCCGGUGGAUGGCUCUUAUUGCCUUGUCUUUCUUGGCCCCCUGUAUGUGCUGUUACCUGCCCCUUCGGGCCUGCUACCACUGCGGAGUGAUGUGCAGGUGCUGUGGCGGGAAGCACAAAGCGGCCGUUUGACUCAGUUUCCGUCCUUCCCCCUGUUCCAUCCACAGCCACAAAAGAACUUGUCUCUUCCAUACUCUCCCCUUCUCCCCUGCUCCCUUCCACUCAAAGGAGCAAGAAGAGCAGGAGGCCUCCCAGCUCCCUGGUACCUGAGGCACCAUUCCAGCCUGGGGAAACCUGCCUUGCGGACUCUCCACCCGACCCCAGCCAUCCUCACUGCGGCAGCCACACACCCAUGCACACACGCACGCACAGUGUUCUAUGGAAAGGAACCUUCGGCGUAGACUUUCAUGUAUUAUUAACAAUCUGUAAUCAAGCUAAAUGUCUUAUCCAUGUGUUUAUUUCCUGUCUUUCCUCCCCUCCUCUUCCAGUUCAAAGGAGUCUGCGGUCUGAACUGCUGAUUUUUGGUGGGUUUUGUAGUUGAUUUUUCAAAGAGCAUCGCGAGACUCUCUUUUUCUCUUGGUUCUGCUUGCCUGUUUCUCGCAAGCGUGGGUUCCUGCGGAAAUGUGAUGUCAGAAUGAUGAAACCCUACCACGAGUAUUUCAACCUGCAGUCAGUUAUUAUGUAUAGGAGGUGAGCUAGUUAACAAACUCGUACCACAAAACAAUAUCGCUUUAACUAUUCUAAAGCCAAAUUUCCCACCUAAGCUACACUUCUCUGUCUUUAGCUCAUCAUUUUCUGCCCACCCACC